AUGACAUUCCCAGUACCACUAGCCACACUGCAAGUUGCCACGCUAAUCCUCGUUGUCUCGUGCUCACUACUGCUGCUAUUGCGUACCCAAACCAAGAAGCAUCCCGCCGACCAACGACUCCCACCCUCGCCGCCACGCUUGCCCAUCGUCGGCAACCUCCACCAACUCGGCGCGCUCCCACACCGCACCCUGCACGCGCUCUCCGUGGCGCACGGACCGGUCAUGCUGCUCCACCUCGGCCGCGUGCCAACCCUGGUCGUCUCCUCCGCCGACGCGGCGAGAGAGGUGCUGCAGCUGGAGGACCAUGCCUUCGCCAACCGGCCGUCGCUCGCCAUCCCGAGACGUCUCCUCUACGGCUACACCGACAUCGCCUUCGCGCCCCAUGGCACCUACUGGUGCAGCGCGCGCAAGCUAGCCGUGCUCCACCUUCUGAGCCCCGGCAGGGUGCGCGCCUACCGCGGCGUGCGCGAGGAGGAGGUGGCGAAGCUGGUCCGGAGGGUGGAGGAGGAACGAGCGCACGGCGCCAGCUGCGUGGUGCGGCUCAGCGAACUCCUCGGCGGCUUCGCCAAGGACGUGAACGGGCGGAUCGUGCUCGGGGUGCGCGCCUCGGGCGCAGCCGGGUGGCGUGCCAAGGUGGACGCGCUGCUGGAGGAGGCCAACGCGCUGCUGGAGGAGGCCAACGCGCUGCUCGGGGCCUUCCACGUCGGCCACUACUUCCCGUGGCUGCCGUGGGUGGCCGCCGUGGACGGGACGGACGCCAAGGUGAGCAGGGCGUUCGAGAGGAUCGAUCGGAUCCUCGAGGAGAUCGUCGACGUUGCCGCGAGCGCCGGCGUGGGAGGUUGCGAUUGCGAGGACGAGGCGUUCGUGCAUGUGCUGCUGUCGCUUCACAGAGAAUCGAGCGAGACAGGGUUUCGCUUGAGCAGGGACAACGUCAAGGCACUACUAGAGGUACAACUGCAUGCAUGCACAAGCUUUGACGUGACAAAACUCGUUAACCACGGAAAAUCACAGUAA